AUGGCUGGAGGACACGGGCAUUUCCAACCGGUCAAGCUUGACCCCGCUAUUGAGCGAUGGUCUCAGAUGCGUGAGAACGUCUAUCAACAUUUCAAGUUCACUCCUAGAAAGACGGCCCAAGUCAUCACCUGGGCCGUAGCCGUCCCCGCCCUUGUUGCCUCUAUCGCCAUGGCCACCGAUCAAAAGUACGACUGGGCCGGCAAGCAGAAGGGCUCAAGUUUACGCAUCGGCACCCCCGCCAAGCCUGCUCCUGUGGAGGAGGAAGAAUAA